AUGGGAGUGGUGCGGAGCGGUGCGCUGCGCUUGGCCCGAGAUGGGGUUGGCCCAGUUGCUCGGGGCGCCCGGCGAGCGGGGCCCUGCGGCGGGUUGACAGCUCCCAAGGCAGCAGCAUCUCCCGCCACGCGCCGCGGGCUGAGCAGCACCCCGCUGCAGCAGGGCGGCGGCGGCAGCCAGUGGCGGCCGCGCCACCACAGCGACUGCCCCUCGCACCAGCUGGUGCGGGCCAUGCGGGAGCGCUCCGAGCAGCGUGACCCGCAGAUCCAGCAGCGCAGGCAGCGGCUGGAGCCGGGGCAGCACCACUUCUUCGCCACCAGCCACCCCGGCCUGGAAGCUGUUGUGGCGGCCGAGCUGCUGGGGCCCGCCAUCGGGAAGGCGGGGGUCAGCUUCACCGGAGAUGUGGCCACGGGCUACCGAGCCAACCUGUGGCUGCGCUCCGCCAUCCGGGUGCUGAUGCUGCUGGAGGAAACGCUGCUGGAGGGCACGCGGCCGGCGGGAGAGGAGGUGUAUGAUGCGUUCCGGGAUGUGACUGACUGGUCGGCCCUGCUGGAGCCGGGGCAGACCUUCUCUGUGGAGAGCCGGGUGUGGAGCUGCUCCAACCUCUCCUCCUCCCAGCUGCUGCUGGUGCGGGGCAAGGACGCGGUGUGCGACGCCAUCCGCGACCGGCGAGGGUCCAAGCCGCUGCCGCCGGAGCCGGGGCGCGUGGCCGACAUGCCGCUCUUUUGCACCGCCUACCACGACCGCCUGUCCAUCUACCGAGACAUGAGCGGCGCGCGCGGCUACCGCCAGGCCAUGCACCGGGCGUCGCUCAACGAGAGCGCCGCCGCCGGGAUACUGCACAUGUCCGGCUGGCACCAGCUGUGCAAGCAGGAGGGCGCAGCUGAUGGCGCUGCCGCCCGCUGCUCUGCGCCCUGCCCCCUGCCUGCAGUGCUGGCUGACCCCAUGUGCGGCAGCGGCACCUUCCUGAUCGAGGCCGCCCUCAUGGCCACCAACACCGCGCCCGGCAGCUUCCGCCGCUGGUGGCCCUUCACGCAGUGGCACGACAGCUUCGACCGCGACGCCUGGGCGGCCGCGGUGGAGCAGGCGGCGGCGGGCCGGCACGCGCCGCCGGCGGGCGUGGAGGCCUGGGGCAACGACGUGCACCGGGGCGCCCUGAGCCUGGCGCUGCGGGACGUGCAGGCCGCGGGCGUGCAGGGCAUGGUGCGCCUGCACCACGGCGAGUGCGCGGGCUGGGAGCUGCCUCGCAGGCCGGCGGUGUUGGUCAGCAACCCGCCCUGGGGCCAGCGGCUGCGGGGCCGCGGCGCAGCAGAGAGCUUUGACCAGGACGCCGCGGACGGCGGCGGCGGCGGCGGCGGCGGUUUCAGCGGCGCCUUCCGGGACGGCGGCAGCGAUGUGGAGGCGUGGUGGGACGAGGAGGCAGACCCAGCCCAGCAGGAGCGGGCGCGCAGGGAGCAGGCCAGGCCGCCGCCGGGGUCGGCGCAGCAGCGGCAGGCGGAGGCGGCGGCAGCUGCGCAGGAGGCCGAGGUGCUGCGGGCGGCGUGGUGGGACCUGUCUGCCUUCCUGAAGCGGCAGUGCGCCGGCGCCGCCGCCUUCCUGCUCAGCGGCAACCCCGAGGCCACCAGGGGCCUGCGCCUGAAGGCCGACCGGCGGCACCCGCUGACCGUGGGCGGCGUGGACUGCCGGCUGCUGCAGUACAGCAUCAGAGGCGUGGAGCCGGCGCCGGCGAGCGCUGCGGCAGCGCCGGCGGCGCCGGGAGCCCCGCCCGCAGCGGCGGCAGGGGCCGCAGCAGCAGCGGAUGGCCGUUGA